GUCAUGUCUUCUUGUCUUGCUUGCUUGUCAUGUCACUCGCCCACACAGACUAUAAGAAGAUAACGUACCAAGUUCGGCUUUGGAGAAUAAACCACUUUACUUACUAGGAUUUAUGUUUUACUUUCAGUGAAGUAUUUUAAUAAAAAGCUCUAUAACUUUUAUUUUGUAGAAUAAUAGGUACCUAUGCAAUAAGUGUUUUAUCAACUAUUUUAUUGUAUAUAAGGAGAAAGUAUCAUGCGGCGGAACUUAUCAUGGGAGGUUUUACUCUUCUUAUUGCUUGUACUAGUUCAAAUAUCUAUACAAGCAAAGAAACAGAAAACGCUAGUAAUUACGGAUAUCGAUGAUAUUAAAGAAUUUAAAAAGUUAUUGAGGACGAAGACAAAUGUGAUGGUACUCUAUCUGAAUAAACCGAGGGCUUCUCAAGCAGUGUCCGAUAUCUUUAAAGACACAGCAGAUGUGAUGAAGGGCCAAGCUACCCUAGCCAUGAUAGACUGUAGCAACAGUGAAGCCAAGAAGCUUUGUAAGAAACUAAAAGUUCCCUCAGAUAAACCCUUCUACAUUAAGCAUUACAAAGAUGGAGAUUUCCAUAAGGACUAUGACAGAGGUGAAACAAUUAGCUCAAUGGUGAACUUCUUGCGGGAUCCUACAGGAGAUUUGCCUUGGGAGGAAGAUCCAGCUGCUACUGACAUCUACCAUUUAGCAGAUUCAGAGGCGCUGAACAAGUUUAUAAAGAAAGGAGCUGCAGCAUACAAGAAGGCUAUGAUAAUGUUUUAUGCACCAUGGUGUGGUUACUGUAAGACAUUGAAACCUGAAUAUGUUGAAGCAGCUAUUGAUUUAAAGGGAGAAGCCCUCCUCGCGGCGAUUGAUGUUGCUAAGCCAGGAAACUCUAAGAUCAGACAAACUUACAAUAUAACAGGAUUUCCGACACUCUUGUAUUAUGAAAAAGGCCAGUUGCGGUUUCCUUACAAUGGUGAAAAUAAAAGACAGGCGAUAGUAGACUUUAUCCGGGAUCCCGCGUCGCACAUGCAACAAAAGAAAAAGGAGGUUGCUGACGAAAGUUGGUCACCAGACUCGGAUGUUGUGCAUUUAAAUUCGGAAAAUUUCGAUAACGUGUUGUUGAAGGCUGAGCAUGCUCUUGUCGUUUUCUACGCUCCGUGGUGUGGGCACUGCAAGAGGAUAAAACCGGAGUUUGAAAAGGCUGCGACCAAAAUUAAGUCUGAAAAGAUAAACGGCCUGCUCGCGGCCGUCGACGCUACGAAGGAGCCAGCACUCGCGUCUCAGUUUGGUGUUAAGGGAUACCCAACCCUAAAAUAUUUCAAUAAGGGUGAAUUUAAGUACGAUGCUGGCCACGUCCGUCAGGAAGAUCAAAUUAUCAAUUUUAUCAAAAACCCACAGGAGCCGCCGCCCCCGCCGCCGCCAGAGAAGCCCUGGUCGGAGGAGGAGUCGGCCGUGCGCCACCUCGACGCCGCGACCUUCCGAAACACACUGCGGAAGAUCAAGCACGCCAUCGUCAUGUUCUACGCUCCAUGGUGUGGUCAUUGCAAGAGUACGAAGCCCGAGUUUGUGAGGGCGGCAGAGAAGUUCGCCGAUGAACUGAUGGUGGCAUUCGGUGCGGUGGACUGUACCGCGCACCAGGAACUCUGUGCCAACUACAACGUCAAAGGAUACCCAACACUAAAGUACUUCAGCUACUUCGAUAAACUUGUCAAAGACUACAAUGGCGGUCGCAAGGAAGCGGACUUCGUGUCUUACAUACAUAGUCAAAUGGAACAUCAGACGCAACAGAAGGCUAAGACAGCUCAACAAGCAGGAUUUGGCGUCAACGUAGUGUUGGCAACUGACAACGACUUCGAAAAGAUAGUUGGUUCUGCCACGCCAACCUUUGUUAUGUUCUACGCUUCAUUUUGUGGUCAUUGCACGACGGUAAAGCCCACCUUCAGCAGACUGGCCACCACAAUGAAAGAGCAGAAAAUAGUACAAAUUAUAGCCAUUGACGCCGCUGAAAAUCCCAAGGUGGCCGAUCUUGCCAAGAUUGAGACUCUGCCCACAUUCAAGAUGUACUCAUCAGGGAAAGAGACAGCAUUAUACGAAGGAGAUAGGUCCUACGACGACAUGUUAAACUUUUGUAAAACACACCAAAAGGUGAAGGACGAAUUGUGAUCUUAGUGGCACCUUAUUUAGUUUCCAAGCAUCACAUAUAUCCAAGACAAAUAGAACUUAACUAUAUUAUGUUGAUUGCUCAUGCGUACAUCAAUAGAGUAUCCUUGUUAGCCCAGACCAGUUAGGCGAGUUAAGGAAUGAAUCCCGGAAUUGUAGCUUAUAAACAAAAAAAAAUGUCCAAGGAUAAAUUUAUUUUGUAACAAAAUCUACCAAAAAUUAUGAUUUUAAAAUCCAUAAAAGUGUAACAGUAAUUAGUUUAAUGUCAUAUUAAAAAAGGUUCAGAGGCACCUACCCGAUAGCUUCGACAUACCUUGAUUUGGCGUAUUACAUUCAUAACAAAUUAACCUGUGAACCAGAUAUGUAGAAGCUAAACUUUGGGUCAAACGAAAACAGACGACUUCAAUGUUCACACGAGUGUUUUCGCAAAGUAAUAUACCUGGUGCAACUGGAAAAGUGAUAAAGAUCGCCGAAGUGAAUGAAAAAAAUAUAAUAUACAAAAUUCCGAUUCGAUUCCGAGGUUGAAUCCUUACUAACUUGGUAUGUCUGGGGUAUGUGUCGAGUCUUUCAGUAUUGAAACUUGCAUUUAAAACGAUCACGUGAACGCUUAAUAAUUAUUGAAUGUAUUUCAUUAUGUAUGAAAGCUAAUUAAUUGUAUAGUAAGAGUUGUUAUAAUAUUUUUUUUAAUUGUUGCCGUUUUGGUAUCCAUUUAUAUUUUAAAGUAAGAUUUUAGAGUAUGUACAGUCAUAUAGAAUAACAGUUAAUAAAAUUGAUAUUAUAGUUUAUAUACAUACAAUAUACGUAAUUUGUAAUGUAGAAUACGUACUAAUAAAUUUACUAUGAGUUGAUCUCGAUGUGGUUGAAAAUCCAAUUAGGGACUUCCCAAACACACGAUAGAUGGCGUUGUUCACUUUUAAUAUGAUAAGUACCUAUUUUCUCAUUGCUGGGGUACAUAAUUAUUCAAAAACGUAAUAUAAAGGCGGAAGCAUAUAUAAAACUAAUUGUUGCUCCAAUUGGUGAUCUAAAUAGGAUCACAUUAUGUAUAGAAUGAUUGCUUUUCUUUAUUUUGAUCAAUAAUAAUGGGCGAAAGUUCUAAUUGUACCGUGGUGUAAUAAAAAGGCUCAUCGUUUAUACCCAAAAACAAAGACAAAAGAUGCAUAUGUCUGUUAUCCAUGAAAUUAGAAGUUUAAACGAAGAAAAAACUUAACAAAGCCUUCUAUCGUGUUUUUGGGGAACGCCGAUUGGUAAGUCCCUAACUGUAUUUUCGCUGCAUAAUAAAAUGUGUAAUGAAAUCUCAUUGUUGUAAGUAUCAGUGCGGCUGCCGAUCAAUUUGAUAAAUCAAUCGUUAAUAUUAUGCUGUACCCUGUUGCAAUAAAGAAUGUACUCAUUACCAAGUAGUAUCGACUUGACAAUUACUUGCAUUUACAGCAUUUGCAAUAUGCUAGUUUUCAACUAGUCAAAUCAGUCACUUUUUACUAAACAUCAAAACACGAAGGGAAUUUGUAUGAAAAGCAACCUGUGACGUCAUAGAAAAAUGUGACAAAAAGUCGCUUAUUAUUACAUUUUUCUUAAUUAAAAUUUAUAAACAAGUUACUUAAAAAUAGAAAACGUUUUUUGUCACCUUUAGAUCUGUCUUUAUUUAGUAAACAGAAUUUCAUAAUUUAUCUUUGGCCUAAGUGUGGUGUCUGACAACAAGUCUAUGAAAACAAGUGUACUUAUAAGAAUGUACCUUUUAUUUGUUAAUUUCAUAUUUCCAGAAGUGAGUUUGCGAUCGGAGCUGUCCAUAUUUUACGAGCUGUACCAAUAUUGCUUCUUUCAGUUCCACCACCUUAAAGAACUGGAAUAGAAUGGUGAUAUAAUGGUGAGAUCAACUUUAUAUCUGCAGUAUGAAAUUUAUUAGUUUCUGAGAAAAUAAUUGGUCAGGUAAGGACAAUCCACGUUGCUAUUAUUAAACGUAGCAACUUAAUUGUUAAAAUCGGAAACAUAUUUAGCGCGUUAUUGUUAGUUCAUUGGCAACUAAAUUCCAUUCGCAUGUACUUAAAUUAAGUAUUAUCAUAAGCGUUUACGUUGGACACUGUAAAUUGUACCUGUGUAUCACAUGGGCUUCCAAAUGAGUAGUAAAUAAAUUCAUAUACGCAUUGUAAAUAUGUAUCUUUUUACCGUAUACGCAAGUUGAUAUUGGAGUAUUUUAUUACAAACUUGAGGGUGUAUUUUGAUACAAUUUGAGAAUAACGAUAUUCCGAAAAUGUUUAAGGAGUAGGUAGUGUAUGGUUGCGGUGAACAAAUCAUACAUUGAACAUUAACGGGCGAAAACAAUGAAUAUGAGCGAAACGCUUGACAACGUAUACAUUUGUGCCACAGCUUUCUAUUAAACAAGCUUGUGCGGCUAUUUUAUUGAUCCGAAUGACGAAUACCUUAUAUUAGUUUAAAUUAUAAUAUGUAUAUUGAAUCAAUCUUCUAUACUGUUUAUCAUUUUGUUAAGGAAAAAUGAAUACUCCCGUUAAUUUACAGAUCAGCAACUUAAUCCAUGUCUACUGCAGAAAAUCAAAUCAUUUAUAAUUAUUUAUACUAUUAUACAUUUCCAUUGUUAUUUAACAAUAAAAACUAAUUUACACAUUG